CAGACAGGUGUAGAGGCUCAAACCGGUGUUGUAGGUGCUUCUCCCUGCUCCUGGCAGACAGGUCCUGAAGCGGAACUCGACGCGCGCGGCGACGAGAGCUCGGACAGGAAGGAGCUCGAAGCUUUUAUUUUGGUGCUAAAGAUGGAGCUGAAGGGGCAACGGCUGGCCGUGCUUUUACUUUUUGCGGCGUGCGUGCAGGCGGACUUCCUGGAGCCCCCCGAGCCCGUCGCCUCCCUGCGCUCCUUCGCCGAGAGCGAGACGCGGCUGCCCUGCCACUACCAGGUGGAGGGGGAGCAGAAGGUGGUGCAGGUCACGUGGUACAAGGAGCUCCCGGACGGCAGCAAGGACCAGAUCAUCACGGCCCACUUCACGGCCGGCCACACGGAGUUCGGGCGCUACUCCGGCCGCGUGCGCUUCGAGAGCGGGACCCCCACGGUGAACUCGGCGCUGCUCAUCCCCAGCACCGAGGACUCCGACCAGGGCAGCUACGCCUGCCACAUCUCCACCUUCCCCAACGGGAACUUCGAGAGGCACAUCGCGCUCACCGUCUGGGUUCUACCCAUCUCCUCCCUGGACCCCGUGCUCCUGGUGGAGGGCCAGUCCUUCCGCGUGGCGGCGUCCUGCCGGGCGGUGGGCCGCCCGACGCCGCGCCUCUCCUGGGACACCGACCUGCCGGGCCGGUCCCAGAACCGCUCCAAGGAGGGCGGGUCCGUGUCCAGCUACUUCUCCCUGCACCCCCUGCGAGGCAUGAACGGCAUGAAGCUGGACUGCCUGGUGUGGCACCCCGGCCUGCAGCGGCCGCGCCGGAUCUCCAACCGGCUGGUGGUCCAGUACCCCCCGGACGCCGCCAUCGCCGCCGAAACGGGGGACUGGUUCGCGGGUCUGGAGAAUGCCGAGCUGGUCUGCAGCAGCGGAGGGCACCCCAAACCUCAGAACGUCACAUGGACGCGGAGAGGAGCAGCGCUGCCGGAGGGGGCGUCCGUGGUUGGGGAGAAACUCGUGUUCGGACGGGCCCUCCGCCUGAACGACAGCGGCGUGUACGAGUGCCGGGUCCGGAACGACGUGGGCGAAGGAAAGACCGAGUACAUGUUGACGGUUAAAGAGACGUCUCGGCGCGAGGGCUCCGUCGACAACCUGCUGCUGAUCGUCAUCGGGGCCUCGGCCGGAGCCCUGGUCCUGGUCCUGGUCCUGGUCCUGCUGCUGGUCAACCGGCACCAUCGACACAAGAACAAAAAGCUCGAGAUGGAGCUCAGCGAGAAGACAGAGGAAAUUCAAAGUUUCUCCAGACAAGCUUCCUUCAGGAGGCUGAACUCCGUCAGCACGGACCCCAGAGUGCAUCCUGAAGACUACGCUAUCCUGCGAGUAGACAGCCGGAUGAAGAACAGCCAGUUGUCUCUGGAGCGACCCGUCUCCGCCACGAGCGGGAGGUGGGGGCCUCCGGCGGGGGUGGAGGUGGACGAGCUGGGACGCCCCGUGGUCUGGCACGAGGGCGGAGACGCCACCAGAGGAGCGGAGAUGGACGGGGAGAAGGAGGAGCGCAGGAGGAGGGUGGAGUCGUACCUGAAGGACAGCAACAUGUCACUGGCCCGGCAGGACCAAGGCCUCGGCCUCACACAGCCGCACCUGGCCCACCUGAUGGAGGCGGAGCCCCCGCCGGCGAGCGAGGGACACGAGGAGGUGGACGCAGCCGACGAGGACGAAGCCGACGAGGACGAGGACGAGGACGGGGGCAGCGGCGCCCAUCGGCUCUCCAAGGCGCUCAACAAUCACUUCUACUCCAGCGGGGGGGUCCUCCGGCCCAGGCCUCACUCCAACGCCAUCCUGCUGCACCCCAGGGGACAGAUCAUCUAG